UAAGGUUAAAAACUUCCAAAUCAAUAUAAUAAAGAAAAUGUAAUUGAAAAUGAGAAGUUAAAUCUUUUAUUAUAAAGAUGGAAAGCUGAUUUAAAUAAAUAAUCUUAAGAUUUUAAUAAUAUUUUAUAAGACGUUGAUAAAAGUAUGUAAGAGAUUGAAAAUAGUUUUAUUUAUUAUGAAAGUAUAUCUUAAAUUAGUAAUGAUGUAAGUUAAUAAUUUAGCACAGCAUAAACAGAAAUAUAUAAUAUCUAAUAAUUCUAAGUUUAAAUAGAUUAAAAUUUAGACAGUUUAAGAAAAUUUUUGGUUGAUUUAUUAUUAAAAUAAGGAGAUAAUAUUUAAAAUGUAUUUGAUAAUCCUAUCUGUGAAAAAAUAUAGAAUAUAGACUGCGGUUUAUAAGAAAUAGAAUUGAAUAUAAAUUAAAUUAUUAGUGAAUUAAAUCCAAUUAAUUAAAGAAAUUAAAAAAAUGAUAAAAAAAUAAUUGAUUCAUUAAAUUCAUAUUAUUCAAUUUUAGAAAAGUUAGAAUCUGAUAGUAAUAACUUAAGACAUAAAAUGAACUCUAUUAUGCAAAAUUCUUAUAAUUAUAGUAAUAAUAUUUUUUGA